AUGACGAUCAGGAUGCCUGUCGCGGCACAAGAGCACUCUCGGCUGUGGUCGCCAGCCAAGUACGGGCCGAUGUCACGGAGCAUGGCCCUCCUGACAAGUCUCCCUGCUCUCACAACUCGUCCAACUCGUCCAACUCGUCCUACUCGUCCUACUCGUCCUACUCGUCCAAGCUACACACUAAAUACUCGACUCCCUCAGGCGUCAGCCCAGGUCAGGCCCUCUGGCGUAUGGCGUGCGUCGCCAUGCCGUGUGCGCAAACACCGCCGACUUGUCAUUGGCCCCUUCCAUGAAUCGCACCAACACCGUAGCACGUGCGACCAUCCUGCUACCUGCACAGUGCACACUGCACAGUACGGGAAGAGCAACGUACUUGUUCUUGCCAGCGCCGAGUCUGCCCAGGUACGGCAGAGCUGUGAACCCGUCACGCCCAUGCCUGCCCGCGCUUCCAACGACGCAACAAGGCGCCCACCAGGGGCAGUGCCCCAAAUCGUCAUAGUGUGCAUCCAACGCCGCGGUCAGCGCAGCGCCGUCGCUUGA